AUGGUUCAUUAUUUGGCUCAAACGGUUUUCUUGAUUCUCUGUUUUUCUGGCGGUUCACUGGGAACAACCACAUCACCUCAGCAACAAAACACCGCAAAGUUAAAAGACUUAUGCCAGGUAAGACAUUUAUAAUGAUAUAAAGGAGUACUACGCCGUAGAUUAGGUAUAUAAACAAACAAUUUAAUUGCUCACAUUAUUACGACCAUUUUCGAAUCAUUUACUUAAAAGUACCUCACAAAGUGUAUGGCAGUUUAUUUAAAAGGUAUUGCCCCAGUAUGAUCUCAACAUGAACGGUUAAUUUUCUCUGAUUCCAUCCAGCUUUAAAGAGGAUUAUGAUAUCAGGCCCGUAGCCAGGACUUUUCCAGGGAGGUGCGAUCUAACGAGACGGAUCAAAUUAACAAUGUCCGAAGCACAAGUCCCUGGGGGGGAGGGGUAUAAGUUAUGCGAGACUGUAUUUUGAGAGUUUUGAAAAAGUAGGUAUUUCUCAAACUUUAAAUCUUCAAAAGUUUAUUUAAAAGUUAUUGCCCCAGUAUGAUCUUAACAUGAACGGUUAAUUUUCUCUGAUUCCAUCCAGCUUUGUUGUUUUUUUCUUUGUUUUUUUUUGUUUGUUGUUGUUUUGUUUUUUUUUUCAAAUGGGUGUACUCCAUUCUCCAAUGUUUUAGAGUAACAUCAAGGGAUGGCGCUAUUUAAAAAGAAAAAAAGGUAGAAAGAAAGUUGUAAAUACGUAUUAUCGGCUAGGUUUGCUACAAGAUCUUUGCAUCAUCAUGAUCUUUCAAUUGUGUGCCAAGCUCAAGAUUCCUUGGGUGUUUCUUAGAAACAGAUCAAAGACUUCUUUCAGAUCAUUGUAUGUUGGACAGUGGAUGUGUAUAAUAGCUAGUGAAAAGCCUCUCUUGUGCCGCGAAUACCACCUUUGGGCCAUAGAUAACAGCACUGAGAUAUUGUAAGCUAUCCUCAAAGACAAAGGGCCACACCAAAAAGGAACAAUGCAUGCCUUCAUAUCCUUCAAGAAAAAAAAAAAAAGGAUGCGAGAUCCACCCCUUGCUUCUGUAUUUGGCUUUUAAGCAGCCUAUUGGACAACGAGAAUUUUUCAGAUCCUUGAUAAGGCCUGAUAAAUGUGUAAGGUCAACACUAAGCCAGUCAGAACGGUUGUACUGUUCUCGCUACAAAAACAAAGUAAUGUUGUUCCCUAGCUAGCAAAUAUCAUAAUAACCGCAAAGGGAAAAAUAAUAACUUCAUAGCACUCCAGUUCUAACACUUACAUACAGUCAUAGUUUACAUAACCUUUUUUUACCUCGAAUUUUAGAGUAGCUACACUAUAGAGCUAAUAUCUUCGAGAAAAAAAAAUAAGAUCUCUAAGAAAAAAAAAAACAAAAACAAACAAACAAACAUACACACACAACAUAAGACAAAAAUUAGUGAAAACUAAUCAAACGUAUUGAGACUUUGCACACGUCGCUUAAAAUCAUUAAUAAAAACUACAGUUCCCUAAUUCGUCGGGAAUAUCGUUCCAUUGCUGGGCGGAAAAAUAAGAAAAAGAGUGUAGUCCAUAGGUUGUUAUUUUAGGCUUGCUUGGAGUCAACAUACGGGUACCACGCAAAUUGCAUUAUUCUAAUUUACCUGAAAGGGCUUGGAGUUGACUGAUUCAAGCAACUUUGUGAACCGAGUGGCGGUGCAAUUUUUUCGGAAUUUUUUAUACUACAGGAGUAGCUUCUAUAUCCUGACGCUUGAGAGCUGCAAGUCCAGUAUGUCAAAACUAUACCAGGGAACCUUUUACUUACUGUAAAAAUAAUAAUUCAGAUCCAUCUCUCAGGAAAUUAUAGAAACAAACCCUAAAGGCUAUAAAGUCACUUUUGAAAACAAGAAAGGAAAAUACUAUGAAACACCCUCCUUCAGCUAGCGAUCAGAGGUCAAUACUAAUAGAGCAAAGAUAUGAAACCACAGCAGGCAGUCACUCAGAACAGUAAAAGACUGUGACCUACCAGUAAAAGGAAAGCGGCAAGAAAACAUUUGCUCAAUCUGCUUUUACGAAUCCUCCAAAAUGGAGGAGUAAGCGACGUAUUAGCAGACCGGUAAAUGCCUAUUAUAGGCAUACCAAAUCCUUUUUUAAACUUUUACACCAACGGCUUAAACAUUUUUUAUGGAAAGCGUGAGUUUUCUGUUUCUGUUUCGUGUUUCUUUCACUGUAUUUUCACGUUUACUACACAAUCAGUGAAUAAGACUCGAAAAAUAUUUUUAAUCCUCUUUGGUUUAAACGAGGGUGCCAAUAGGGUUAACUGUUUAACGUAUAAAGGCCUUUUUUCACUAUCGUAAGCGUAUACAAAAUAUUAACUGACAAACGUGUAAAAACAGGUAACUUUUUAAGCGUAUACAGAGCGAAGUAGACCCAAAAAGUUAAACAUUGGUUCAGACAAAUGAGGACUUUCUGAAAUAAAAAGACGAUAUGGUGAGAAUGAAAGAGAUGUACGAACUUUUUUUUAUACAGCAACCCUUUCAGCUUUCUUGUGUAAAAUGGUGUAUUGUCUCAGUGUCCUACCUCUUUGCUUGCUUGAUCAUGCAAAUAGGUGUUUGUACUGUCUAAUAUAUAGGUUUAGCAAGGGCUAAAAGCGAAGCUCCCAUUAAUAAAUUUAUAUUUUAAAUCAAACAAUAAACUUGUAAUCCACAAAUCAGUUAACUUAAGGGCACAUUCAUGUGACUUUUGAGAGAAAGGAUAAGUUAUUUUAGAGUGAAACAUCUUACAUCGAGUUGAUAGCCUAAAUAUAUGUACACCCAAAAAAUAGCAAACAUCUUCUAUCACAUUCAAGAGCCAUAAUGGCUCUUGAUCACGGUAGAUUAGGCCUCGAAAUCAAAUUCUUGGAAAACAAAUCAGGCCGCAUUUUUUUGCGUUCGACAGGUUUACAUUACAAAUUCUUGCCAACAAAUCUGAGGGUGUGUAAACCAGCUUUUUAUACUUUUUAUACACCACAUCUGAGGUGAAACAGUACUUUUUAUCAUACAGACCUCGGACAGAAUACGGCAUUUCACAAUUUUUCAAUAUUCAGGACGAUCAAUCGUGGGCUUUUAGCGAAACCGUUCAAAAAAUUUCUAAAAUCACCCAUACGGCCAGCAUGUUCUCAUUUUUAGUGCGAGCUGUCAGUGUGAUCGAGUGUUUGAAUGAACUUUAAUGGAGAUACGCUUCAACAUAAUAACGAAUUUAUUAUCAUUAUUUUUUGUUAUUUAAUGGUUCCAGUUAUAACGAUGUGUAAUCUUAUAAAGCGUUUGAUACGCGCGACAUUUCUAAGUACUCCUGCGAUGUUCAUGAACGAUGAAAACAAACACCACGGACAAGCGAUUAAAAUUGCAAGAGAGACUACUAACAAUCAAUAAAAGAAACAUAAUUCGGUAAAACAUUUACAGAGACAACAAUUUUCAUUCACGAAGACAAGUAUUAAAGUGUCUCUAAAAAUCCUGAGCCGUUUAAGCUUAAAGCUUAAGCUUAAGUUUAUUUUGUUUUACCUUCAGCCGGCCUCCCGGUGUUGGUUUUUUUUCAAAGAUGAACUCCUCGAAACAAGAAAAUCACUCAAAGUUUUCUUUCUACAGCCAAAUUUAUAACUAAAUAUUCUUCGGAACGUUUUUUUUUUCUAUUUGCCGUGAGAAAAUAUAUCUGAGGGCGUUUUAAAGUUCUGUAAGCUUAUAUCAAACCUGAUACUAGAUCAGAUCAUUGACUCAAAUCUCAACAAACGUGCAAAAACUUGCCGCAUAAACUGUGCUCGACUUCAUGAAAUUAGAUAUAACAAAAACAAACAUUAAAUACAAUAAUUACUCAGGCUUACCAUUCGAGAUUCAGUUCCUGAAAGAUAUCAAGGAAGGCCAUAGUUGCUGGAGACUUUUAAACCCUCUUACGCAUUGAGCAAAGUGAAAGACGAAAACGAUGCCAUCCGAAAUCGGAUUACCCAAUUUUGACAAGCGACGCAUUUCUCAACCAAAAACCCAAUAAACAAACCAGCCAUGGAUAACAGAAGACUCUUGAUAGCAGCUGUAUUUCAUUUUGUACAUCCAGUGGAAAAAGACAGUUAAAAACAUCACAAGUUGACACAAAACUCUGUCAGCUUUAGCUGUCAAAGUAAACAACUUUCAAGAUGCUGCAUAAAUUUUCCGCAUGAACUCACCUGUCAAAUUUUGACCAAUCAGAGUACAAAAAUUGGACGUAGAGCGUGACCAACGCGUGACCAUGGUAAGAAAAGGUCUUCCCCGCCUUUAUUUUUAAAAAAGUGGCUGAAUUUUCGCGUCCGAGGUCAGUUUGAAAUCAAAAUCUUGACAGUGCGGGGCCAUAGUGACAUAAACACAACAUAUUUCAUAUGAACCAUUGGAAAAAAUAGACUUGAGCCUGCGAUCAUUUGAAACUGGUUAUUUGUCAGCAGAUAACUUCAAAAAAGUACUCGACCUCGAUGGGUCGACACUUGAGCCCGCGGUACGGUCAGGUGAUACUGGUCAGCGGAUAUCCUGUUUUGACAGCUGUCAACUGAUCACAACAUUGAUGUGCAAUUAGUUUUCUAUUGGGCUCCCAAACUAGCUAGAAAGUGUGAGAGUUAACAUUGGUUUCCCUGUGGUGCGGACGGACGGUCGUACGGUCACGUGAUUACCAAAUUUUCUCGGAUGGGUAGAUUACCACAUUUCCUUAGCUAUGGGGCUCCGUCCACGCGCUUCGCGCGCGCGUGGAGCUCCGCUAUAAUCCGGCGUAAUAGGACUGAAUGAAAUCUAAUUCCGCCUGUAAUCUUUUGAGCGCUAACACAAAAUCGCUAAUUAUAGUUACGCAUGACACGAACUUUCCUUCUACAUCGCCCUAUCAAUACUGCAAUCAGGGCUGCCGAUAGCCAAUUAGAUUGUUUUAGUUAUGAGAAGCAGGAUAAUGACGGUACACAGAAUUUCAUAUGUCAUUGAGUGCUUUUGUUCAAGAAUUUUAUUUAGAGAAAAGGGAUGAAGAAGAGAGUGGUGCCGUCUUCCAGGUUCAACUAUGGUAGACAAGCUUAGAGAAAUCAGGGCGUCAGUUAGGCUGGAUUUGUAAGAUUUAAUUCUCUUCAAACUGAUUUGAUAAAGUGUUAAAGAAUAUUGCAAACCAGUGCGUUGCAUACUUGAAAAGUGGGAGAGAACUUGAGAGUCUUAAGGGAGUGAUUGAUUUGGAAACCCCACUCUUUAAACGAUUUUAACAUCUGCAGGAUUCACAACCAUGCGCGAUUAACUGAGUAAACGUUUUUGUUGUUGUUGUUGUUGCUUACUCACUAAGUAGUGUUUUUUAGCUGUUUACUGACUAAGUAGCAUAUAUAUAUUUUUUAUUAUUACAUCGUUUUCAAAAUUAUUGAGACUUUGAUCGUGAAUGCGAACAAGGUGAACACAAAACAGAUUUCAGGGUCCGAAACGUUCCCGGAACUUUAGAAACGGGCCCCAGGUCUGUAAACGGGUGUAACGAAAAAUGACACUUUUUCUGUUCUGAAAAAGAGACAGGAUUCAGCACACCCCCACCAAGAAUUCCCAGGAGGACCCCCAGAUAUUUAAGAUCCCGUAUCGUCUUCGCCUUUAAAUUGCAAAUCAUCUUUACUUUCAGCGAUCUAUGCUAGGUGCCCCUGGAAUUCCAGGAUCAAACGGCAUACCGGGGGUGCCGGGAGUCCCGGGACCACAUGGACCCCAGGGAAGAGAAGGUCCAAAGGGACAAAUUGGUGAUAAAGGAUCGCAAGGAAUACCGGGUGCAAGAGGAGACGGUGGGCGCGAAGGACCCCCUGGGAAGAGUGGACCCCGAGGAAUUAAGGGAAUGCAAGGUCAACAGGGACUUCUGGGAAUGAAAGGAGAGCGAGGCAUUGUGGGAGUGAAAGGAGAGCGCGGAGCAGUGGGAAUAAAAUGAGAGCGAGGCAUUGUGGGAAAUCCAGGAAGAAAAGGAGACAAAGGAGAGAAAGGGGAAAGCGCCAAAGCAAGUCAAGCAAGUGUAGUACCACAAACCAACUGGAAACAAUGUGUGUGGAAAUCAGAGAGCGGUACUGAUAACGGAAAAAUUAAGGUAAAUAGAAUAAGAAUCAUAACACACUCCUAAGAAAAUUCAUUCCUUUUUAAAAUUGUUUCAAAGAAGAACGUCUCCCCUCUCACUCACCGUUUGCCAACACAUUACAUAAAUAACUAAGUUAAAUUUCUCUCUAUUUUGGUUCUUUUUUUGAACGAAAAAAAGAAAACCAUCGUGCUUGAUAAAACGAUUCCUGGCCAUAUGGAGAAGAACAACAAAAAUUUAAGCUAUUAUAGAGUUUUUUGAAAAAUAGGAAGUAAUCUUGCAGGAAUCUUGACUGGAGUUGUUAGAAUCAAUCACUACACACGGUUGCUCACCUUACUACAAUAUGUUUGAUUUGUUUGCUUUUAUUCCAGGACUGUACGUUUAACAAACUGCAGUCUAAUUCAGUGCUCAGAGUCUCAUUCCAGGGCAACAUGAGGGUCGACGAUACUAGUGCCAAGUGUAACCGAUGGUAUUUCAAGUUUAAUGGAAAUGAAUGCAGUGGACCAAUGACGAUUGAGGCUGUUGUUUACAACUACUGGCCAUCUGGGAACCCUAAUCUGCUGCAUCAUCGGUCAUUUGAGGGCUACUGUGAAAACAUCCCACAAGGCGCUGUUAGAGUGGAAUUAUGGGUAGGAAAGUGUAGUGGCGGAACCUUGGGUGAUGCUUACACCGGGUUUGAAUCAGUGUCCCGGAUAAUGAUAGAAGAAGUAUCUAGGCCCCAGUCCUAA